CGUAGACAUCAAACAAAGGUUAUAGUAGGCUUUUUAUUAAUAAAUUAAAAAAAAAAAAAAGAACUAUCUACAAAUACAUAAAAUCCCAAAAGAAAGGGUUAACAGAAAUGUCGAUGUAUUACAGAUGGAAGAACUUCGAGGAAGACGAGGAUCGACCCGAAAAGCCUCGCCGGUUUGGGGUCACAGAAAUGCGAGGACCCAAUCACACUCUCUUGACCCAGAACGUCCUCCAGGAAAUGUUUGAGUCAAUGGGUCAAUUUGUUGAUGGAUUGAAGUUCUCUGGGGGUUCCCAUAGCUUGAUGCCAAAAUCAUUUCUCAAACAAGUGAUUGACAUGGCUCACCAGCCUAAUGUUUAUGUUAGCACUGGUGAUUGGGCCGAGCAUUUGCUUCGUAAAGGUCCAUCAGCGUUUAAAGACUAUGUUGAGGAGUGUAAGCAAAUGGGGUUUGACACCAUUGAGCUUAAUGUGACAUCGCUUGAAGUUCCUGAAGAAACUCUUUUGAGAUAUGUGAGAUUGAUUAAAAGUGGAGGCCUAAAAGCCAAACCUCAGUUUGCUGUCAAGUUUAACAAGUCUGAUAUUCCCAUUGGUAGAGAUAGAGCAUUUGGGGCUUAUAUUCCUCCUUCGCCUCGAUCAACUGAAUUUGUUGAAGAUGUGGAUCUAUUGAUUGGAAGGGCUGAGCGAUGCUUAGAAGCUGGUGCAGACAUGAUAAUGAUCGAUGCAGAUGAUCUAUGCAAACAAGCUGAUUCCGUACGGGCAGACAUAAUUGCAAAGGUUAUUGGGCGUCUAGGUCUUGAGAAGACCAUGUUUGAAGCUUCAAAUGCAAGAGCUUCUGAGUGGUUUAUCAAGCAAUAUGGACCAAAGGUGAACCUCUUCGUGGAUCACUCUCAGGUAAUGGAUUUAGAGUGUCUCAGGGGGCGCAACCUGGGGAAAAAUCACACCUCGGUUCUUGGUUCUUCUUAUUUUCUGUUCUGAACUGAUAAGGACUUCUAAAAUACCAAUUCCCUGUUGUCAUUUGUCAAGUUAAUGUUGUUACAUGUUACAUGUGGUGACUGUGUGUUAUUUUUGUGCUGUGAGUGUGAUGUUAAAUGAAAAUGAAAACUUUAUUGGCUAUUAUUUCGAUAAAGG